UAAAUUAUAAUAAUAUGGUUGAUUUGGGUUUAAGCCUGAGUUUCAACCCAACUCAGAUUAAUUCUCCGACACAGUCCAUCGCCGGCGCCGGCGUUACACCACCGGAAUCCAUCAAUACCCACAAAUCUCCAUCCGCCGGAGAUGGCCGCAACGGCGAGCGAAUCUAUUCUCGAGGAAUCAGCGAUGAAGAAGAUUACGAAAGUUCUAGAAAAAAACUUCGUCUCACCAAGGACCAAUCUAACAUUCUAGAAGAAACAUUCAAAGAACACAACACACUUAGUCCGAAACAAAAACAGAGUCUUGCAAAGCGUCUCCGGUUAACACCUCGUCAAGUAGAAGUCUGGUUUCAGAAUAGGAGAGCAAGGACAAAGCUAAAGCAGACGGAGAUUGAUUUUGAGUUUCUAAAGAGAAGCUGUGAGACUUUAACGGAGGAGAAUCGGCGGCUGCAAAAAGAAAUCCAAGAAUUAAAAGCUCUUAAAUUAACAAACGGUUUAUACAUGCAAAUGAAAAUCACUUCUCCGGCGACCACUCCGGCCACCAUUCUCAACAUGUGCCCUUCCUGCGAAAGGGUCACCGUUGCAAUUCCCUCUCCGGCACCGGCACCGGCACCGGCACAGGCUGCAUCGCUGAUAAAUAUAUGGGGGAGACCGUUAGGAGGGUUAUGUAAUGGAUUGUGAUAUGAUUACUAGUUUGAGGGUAAAAUUGGAGAAGAGAAAUGUACACUUUAGUUGAUCAUUGUAUUGGAUAAGGAAAGAAGUAGUAUGAGAUUAGAAAGUGGUUGGAAACAAAUUAAUUAGUAUAAGUAAGGAUUAAGGAGGGGUUUAAGUUUAAGGUAUGGUGGUUGAAUUGAAUUAGGAUUUGGUGGGUCAAAAUUUGUUUUUGUUAAUUAAUGACUAUUUUGACUUUGUAAGGUA